GUACCCAGACUGCCAAUUUUGAACAAAUUCCCCCCCUCCCCAACCCAUCCUAAAAUGAAAUAAAUUACAAAGGAAAUAGAAACAACAUAGCUAAGUUUCGUGAAAUAAUGAUUGAACCAACUCUCUGUCAUUGAAUAAAUGCAUGGUUUUGCAUGCAUAUAUACCCCCUAGCUCCCAAAAACCUAGUUCCAACGCCGCAUGCACGCACACACAAAGAUUUCCCUAGUUCACAUCUCCACUCCUGUUUUUUCUCUUGCGAUGGAUCGCCAGCUCAGUCACAAGAAAAGCCUUUCUUGCUUCUUUGAUGAAGAUUUUACAGAAGAUCAAUCACCCAGCUUUCAACACCUCUCUAAGCAUAACCAAAAUUUUCUUGCUCGCCUUCAUGGCACCCAUUUCUACCCUGAUACCUCACCGAUGAUGUCUCAAAGCCCUGAAUCAUCCUGGUCUCCCUCUCCUUCGUUAACCCCCUCUCAUCCUUCUCUUCUCUACUGCUGUAUCUCCUCUCUCCGUCGUGAUGGUGAUAUUUAUUCUCUCACUGUAUUCGGUGACCUAGUCUUAACUGGUUCAAGUAGUCGUCGAGUCUAUGCAUGGCAGUCACUUGACUGCCAUGCAAAGGGUUACAUACAAUCUAGCUCCGGCGAAGUCCGGGCCAUGCAAGUCUAUGAUGACAUGCUCUUCACUGCACAUAAGGAUCAUAAAAUUAGGAUAUGGAACAUGAGAACUUGCAGUGGUAGCUUUAGGGCUAGAAAAGUCCUUACCUUACCUUGUGCUAGCCAUUUCAAGAGUUUCAUUUGUAGGUCUGUUGUCCCACACCAUAGGUUAACUGCUAAUAAGCCAAUUACACCACAACAUAGGGAUAUUAUCUCUUGCAUGGCUUUUUACUAUGUUGAAAGUAUUUUAUACACUGGCUCAUUUGAUAAAACUAUCAAAGCUUGGAAGUUAAGUGUAAAGAAGUGUAUCGACUCGUUUGUAGCUCAUGGUGACCACAUCAAUGACAUGGUGGUCAACCAACAAAGUGGCUACCUUUUUACUUGUUCUUCAGAUGGAACAGUAAAGAUGUGGUUAAGGGUUUAUGGUGAACACAGCCAUGUCCUUAUUAAGGUCUUUAGUUUUCAUACCUACCCUAUUUAUGCCUUGGCUUUAGGUGUGUCACCAUCACAAAGGAGUUUCUUGUAUUCCGGAUCUUCUGAUGGAUGUAUAAAUUUCUGGGUGCAAGAGAUUUCUACUCACUACAAUCACGGUGGAGUCUUAGAAGGGCAUCAGUUUGCGGUUCUUUGCCUAGUGACCCUAGAUAAUUUGGUGAUUAGUGGGUCUGAGGACUCGACGAUCAGGAUUUGGAGGCGAGAGAAAGUAAGAUUUACUCAUGAGUGUCUUGCUGUUUUAGAAGGGCAUAGAGGGCCUGUGAGAUGCUUGGCUGCUUCUUUGCAGGACGAGCUUGUAACGAGUUUCUUGGUUUAUAGUGCUAGCUUGGAUCAGACAUUUAAGGUGUGGAGAGUAAAGCUCUUGCGAGAAGUGAAGAAAUCCCCUGGCCGCCAUAGCAAUGGAGAUGAUGAUACGGAAGAUACAAAUUCUGCAGGGUGUGAGCCUAGCCCUGUGUUGUCUCCUUCAUGGGUUAAGAAGAAGCUUCAAUGUCGUAGUCUUAAAUAGUUCGUUUAAUUACAAGUUUUCAGGUUUUAUUUGUAAUAUGUAAUAUCACUAAGUUAGAAUAUCCUCUUAGGACGAUUCAAAUAAAGUAGAUUAUGCAUGUUUAUGUAAGCAGUUGAAGUUAUUUCAGCAACGAACAUGUAGUACGUAUGUAUUAUCAGUCUAUUAAAUUAUGUUCUAUUCCAUGUAAUAUUGCACCAUUACAUAUGAAUUUAAAUUAUCAAUACAAUA